AUGGAGGCCGCUUUGGUGAAACCGAUGGUGGCGGAGGUGAAGCCAGGCGCCGUGAGCGCCGAGCUGGAGGUGAAGAAGCUGCAGGAGCUGGUGCGCAAGCUGGAGAAGCAAAACGAGCAGCUGCGCAAUAGAGCCGCGGCCACCUCGCCUUCUUCAGCGCCUGGACUGAGCCCGGACAGCCCUCUGCAGCCGCGGCUGAUAGCCGCCGCCGCCGCGCAAGUCCCCCGCAGCAGCUCCCCGCCAGCCGGCAGGUCGAGCCCAGCGCCGGCUCUCGUGUGCCAAGCCGAGCCCUUCGUCUACUUCAAGCCGUCCCCCGUCGGGGGACCCCACGAGGCCCUCGCCGCCACUUCCAUCCUUCUGAGCCCGGCCAGCCUUUUGGAUGAGGUGGAAAUCCUGGAUCUUCGGGGGCUCAGUUGCCCUGGCCGGGAAGAAGAGCGUCCGCGCUUCGAGGAAGAGGAAACCUGGUUAUAUGCUGCACCUGCUAAGGGUAUCAUACAGCAAGAAAAGUCACUGACUCCUCUGCAGUGGUGUCGGCAUGUUCUUGAUAAUCCAAGCCCUGAGAUGGAAGCUGCAAAGCGUUCUUUAUGCUUCAGGCUGGAACAAGCUAGUAGAUGGCGGAGUCUCUUCUCUUCAUCCUUGGCUUUUCCUUAUAGUCCUGUUGCAAGGUUUACUCCAUAUAGCAAUAGCUUUAACAGUCCUGCGUUCCCUAAAACCUUCAGCAAAGCAAUAUUAACACCUGAACAAACAGAUUGCAUUUCUAGAAGCUCCCCUCUUAGUCCCCAGUCAUCUCUGGACAGUGAAUUGAGCACUCCAGAAUUAGAAGAUGAUUCCAUUUCCAUGGGGUAUAAACUACAAGACCUCACAGAUGUCCAGAUCAUGGCUCGGUUACAAGAAGAAAGCCUGAGGCAAGACUAUGCUUCAACUUCAACAUCAGUGUCAAGAAACAGUUCCAGUGUAUCUCUUCCUUUGAUCAAAAAAGGGACCAGUGGUGAUCAGGAAUUUGAUCGUUAUAGCCUUGAAGAUGAGGAAGAAGAAUUUGACCACUUGCCCCCUCCACAGCCUCGGCUCACACGUUGCUCUCCUUUCCAAAAAGGAAUUCCCCAUUCCCAAACUUUCUCCAAUAUACGGGACUGUAGGAGGAGCCCAAUUUCCCCAUAUUUUCCCUACAGUAAUAACAAUCAACAGCAGCCAUUUUGUUCUCCCCAACCCCCAAAUCUUCUGGAGUCUCAAUCAACCAGAAUUAAUGGAGACAAACUCCGAAGAAGCAUGCCUAAUUUAGCUCGAAUGCCAAGUACCCUUACUGUCAAUACAAACAACAGCCCUGCCGGUUCUGUGAGGAACAGCCUAAGUUUUGAUUCUAACUUGCAUGGAGCCAGUAACGGGGUAUCCAGAAUGCAGUCUUGCAUUCCUUCACCAGGGCAACUUCAACACAGAGUCCACAGUGUGGGACACUUUCCAAUAUCUGCUAGGCAGCCCCUCAAAGCUAUGGCCUAUGUGAGUCCAACAGUUCAAGGAAGCAAUAGUGGCAGUGGCCUUGCAUUGUCCAGCAGCAGCAGCAGCAGCAGCAGCA